CGUGGUGGGGAGCCCAGGAGACGCUUCAGGACGACUUGGUGCGUCGGUGGUGCAGCGAGCGGGCCGAGGCGAGGGCGAGCGAGGGCGCCGGAGUUUGCGAAGAGCUGCUUUGUGUUUGAGCACAGACAUGGCCACGCAGGUGAUGGGGCAGUCUUCCGGAGGAGGAGGGCUGUUCACCGGCAGUGGCCCCAUGGGCAUGGCCUUGCCAAAUGACAUGUACGACUUGCCCGACCUCUCUCGAGCUGAACUGGCCGCGCCUCAGCUCAUCAUGUUGGCAAACGUGGCCUUAACUGGGGAAGUAAAUGGCGGCUGCUGUGAUUAUGUGGUUGGCGAAGAAAGACAGAUGGCAGAGUUGAUGCCUGUUGGGGAUAGCAACUUCUCAGAUAGUGACGGAGAAGGACUCGAGGAGUCUCCUGAGGCGAAAGGCGAACCCAGGGGGCUGGAGAAGAUGGAACUGGAAAGUUUGGAACUCAGCGUGGUCCAGCCACGGCCUGUGUUCGAGGCGUCAGCUGCCUCAGAAACGCACAGCUCCAGCAAAGACCUUCCUCAGGAGACCCCCGCGGCAGAGGAGAAGUGCAGGAACGUGAAGACCAAACCCUUCCGCUGUAAACCGUGCCAGUACGAAGCGGAAUCUGAGGAGCAGUUUGUGCAUCACAUCCGAGUUCAUAGCGCCAAGAAAUUCUUUGUGGAGGAGAGCGCAGAGAAGCAAGCGAAAGCCCGGGAAUCCGGCUCUUCUCCCGGGGAGGAGGGCGAUUUCUCCAAGGGCCCCAUCCGCUGUGACCGCUGUGGCUACAACACCAAUCGCUAUGAUCACUACACUGCUCACCUGAAGCAUCACAGCCGAGCCGGGGACAGUGAGCGCGUCUACAAGUGCAUCAUAUGCACGUACACCACCGUGAGCGAGUAUCACUGGAGGAAGCACCUGAGAAACCACUUUCCAAGGAAGGUUUACACGUGCGGGAAAUGCAACUACUUUUCAGACAGGAAAAACAAUUAUGUUCAGCAUGUUCGAACUCAUACAGGUGAACGUCCAUAUAAAUGUGAACUUUGUCCUUACUCAAGUUCUCAGAAGACUCAUUUAACCAGACAUAUGCGUACUCAUUCAGGUGAGAAGCCAUUUAAGUGUGACCAGUGCAGUUAUGUGGCCUCUAAUCAGCAUGAAGUAACCCGCCACGCAAGACAGGUUCACAACGGGCCCAAACCUCUAAACUGCCCCCACUGUGACUACAAAACAGCAGACAGAAGUAACUUCAAAAAACACGUGGAGCUGCAUGUGAAUCCACGGCAGUUCAACUGCCCUGUGUGUGACUAUGCAGCUUCCAAGAAGUGUAAUCUGCAGUAUCAUUUCAAAUCUAAGCAUCCUACUUGUCCUAAUAAAACCAUGGAUGUCUCAAAGGUGAAACUAAAGAAAACCAAGAAGCGAGAGGCUGACUUGCCUGAUAACAAAAUCACCAGUGAGAAACCAGAAACAGAGCAGGCAAAAGUAAAGGGGGAUGUGACUGGGAAGAAAAACGAGAGGUCUGUAAAAGUGGAGAAGAAAGAGAACGUUU